AUGGAACAGACCUACCAAGGCAUGCUCGAUGGUGAACAACCCACUCCCACCAAUCUAAUGCUGCUGUUCAGCAUCUUCUCCGGUGCAGCCCUGGUCUGGUCCCCUUAUCUUUUGGGGCAAUUGAACGCCACCCAAGAUGAAGCCAGGGCAGCCUUCAAUACUUACAGCCUGUUGGCUACCUCUAUUUUGGAACAUCCACUUGAGCCUGUGCAGCCAUCGACCACUGCCAUAGUGGCCAUUGCUACUCUCGGCCAUUUGCUUGCCAAUACCGUUGGUUUCUCUAUAAAGAUUGGUCUCCUGCAAACUCGGUGCUUCUUGAUGGCCCAAGCGCUGCAGAUUCAUCGCUUAGACACUGCACAAGCCCAGGAGGAGCGAAGGGUCAAGGGGUGCGAUAUGAUCGAUAUUGAAGUUCAAAGACGGUUUUGGUGGAACAUGGUGGCAACUGACUGGCUCGCUUCCUUCUUUGGACGGUCACAUGAAGGCACAUAUAUCUUCCAACCAAGACAUAUGAAAGUGAACUACCCAAGCAACAUCGAUGACGAGCUGCUUACGGCUACGGGGAUUCAGCAGGAUUUUCCCUUAUCAGUUCCGACAGCAAUGUCAGGACCUAUCCAGCGAAUCCGGCUGGCAACUCUUUGCCGCGAAGUGGUUGAUGCUGUACCCUCUAUCCUGCUAGAUGCCCAAGAACCCGAAUACGAGGUGAUACUUGCACUGGACAAGAAAUUCCAUGAAUGCUUUGAAAAUAUGCCAGACUUCUACCGAAUGGACCCUGAGAGCGUUCAGAGAAGUCAGGACAUCUGCAAAGAACGACCAUACAUCACAUGGCAGCGAAUCAAUUUUCACUUCAGCAUCCAUACACGGCUAUGCCGAUUACAUCGACGCUACCAUCUUGAAGGCGUGACGAAUCCCAAAUAUGCCUAUUCCCACAGCGCAUGCAUUCGCUCAGCCCAGGCCGUAUUAGAGCUAAGACGUGCAAUGGACGACAUCGACCCCGAAGCUGGAGGCUAUCCUGCGCGCUUUUGGCGAGUCAGCCAGCACGUCUUUCUCGCAGCGCUUAUCCUAGCAACGGACGUCUCAUUCCACCCCAAUGCGCCAGACGCCGAGGCUCGCAAGGCGAAGGUCCUUGCUGCCUACAAGACCUUGGAGAAAUCAAAGCAAGAGUCCGGAUCACUGGUGGAGGGCGUACAGAGAAACAUGCAGACUCUUAUGUCGACGCUUCAGAAACAACAGCCACGACUAUCAACCUCGCAGCCAAGAUAUCUGACAGGGAUAAAGGAGCCAUUCGUGGCGGCUCGCGAAACAGGACUGAACAAUAUGCUGACUGGUGGGCCCGGUGAACUGUCAAUGGCCAAUGAAGGUGAUCAGAGCUUGCAGAUGCAGUCUGGGUGCACUCCAAGUGGAGGCUUGACAGAUGGUAUUGGGGAGGAAGGCUGGCAGCAGCUCUGGUCUGACUUUGUGGCUGUCGCGCCAGAUCUAGACGUCCCACAGUGGAACUCCUUGUUGGACGAUAUCGAUUUUGGCUCAGGCUGGCUGGACGGCUCUGUAUAG